AAGCCAUUCUUAAGCAGGGGCGAUAGCAUUUGGGGAUAAGAGUGAGGUUUGGCUGCAUCACUUGCAUCUCUAGUCAUGAACAAGGGAAAGAGGCGGGGCUCGUGUAAUGCAGCAUCAGGGGAGGAACUGCUUAUGUAACUGGGACAGCAGAUUUAGCAGGAGAGAGGAGGCGCAGAGGCUUGGGGAUGGGAGCAGUGAGUUGUCGGAAGGGGCAACAUGCCCAGAUGGCUGCUCCUCAUAAGCAGGGUGGCAACAUCCAGGACCCCUGGGUCCCCUGGGUCUGAGGCUAGAAGAGCCUCUGGCCAGGUGUGGGGACCACCAGGUCAGGUCUGAAAGAGUUGCUGUGGGGACUACAGGGGCAUCAGUUCCUGCACCAGGAGCCCCUGGAGCCAGCCCCACUGCUAAUAGAGAAGCCUCUGCCUGAGUGGCCAGUGCCUCAGUUCAUCAACCUCUUUCUGCCGGAGUUUCCUAUUAGGCCCCUUAGGGGGCAUCAGCAGCUGAAGAUUUUAGGCCUUGUGGCUAAAGGCUCCUUUGGAACUGUCCUCAAGGUGCUAGAUUGUGGCCAGAAAGCAGUAUUUGUGGUGAAGGUGGUGCCCAAGGUAAAGGUCCUACAGAGGGACAACCUGAGGCAGUGCAAAGAGGAGGUCAGCAUCCAGCGACAGAUCAGCCAUCCUUUUGUACACAGUUUGGGGGACACCUGGCAGGGAAAACGGCACCUCUUCAUGAUGUGUAGCUACUGCAGCACAGAUCUGUACUCCCUGUGGUCCGCUGUUGGCUGCUUUAGUGAGGCUUCCAUCCGCCUCUUUGCUGCUGAGCUGAUCCUGGUGCUGUGCUAUCUCCAUGACUUUGGCAUCAUCCAUCGAGACGUGAAGAUGGAGAAUAUCCUUCUGGAUGAACGAGGCCAUCUGAAACUGACAGACUUUGGCCUGUCCCGCCACCUGCCCCAAGGAACCCGAGCCUAUACUAUCUGUGGCACUCUUCAGUACAUGGCCCCAGAAGUCCUGAGUGGAGGGCCUUACAACCAUGCUGCUGAUUGGUGGUCCCUGGGUGUCUUGCUUUUUUCUCUGUCAACUGGAAAGUUCCCAGUGCCCGCAGAGAGAGAUCAUGUGGCCAUGUUGGCAAGUGUGACCCACUAUGACUCUGCAAUCCCAGCUUCUCUUAAUCAGGGGCUCUCACUCCUGCUCCAUGAGCUAUUAUGCCAGAAUCCCCUCCACCGUCUACGUUAUUUGCAUCACUUCCAGGUCCACCCUUUCUUUCGGGGUGUGGCCUUUGACACAGAGCUCCUACAGAAGCAUCCAGUGAACUUUGUCAUGGAGACACAAGCUACCCAGCCCAGUCCAUCAUCGGAGUCCAUGUUCUUCAAGGACUUUGACUGUAAUCUGGAGUCCUUCCUGGUGCACCCCAGCCUGGCGUGAGCUCCUCUACUGUAGUUGGGGCUCAUCUGGGAACCUGAGGACCUCCUCUGCUGCCAAUUCAGUGUGACCACCUUGAUGAUUCAGUUUGUUUUUACUUUGUAGCCUCUUAUCAUUCUGUUCCUCUAGGUGUUGGACCAGAGUUCACACUGGGCAUUCUGCGGUUGGUAGUCACAAUGCCCUAGUCCUUACCCCAUCAUACAACCCAUCUCUCAGUUCAACAUCUCAGAUCAGAGUGUGGACCUUUUCCUUUGUUUCAUUUCUCCAGUGUUUAUACCCUGCAGUUUUUAGCCAGAAGUUUAUGCCACUUUUCUUUCUCCUUGUUUCUGUGCCAUGUUUCCUUUUGUGAGCAAUAAUAGCACUUCAUGGGUUCCCAAGGUGCUGCUAUUUAUGUGUUUAAUAGGCUUGUCAGAAGCAGUAUGAAUGUUUUUCAGAGGUCUCAAAAGCUGGUAUUUGUUUCAACCCCUAAAUAUGCAGGUAAAACAUAUGAUCUGGGGGCUCAAAGUCAGUCUAACUUUUAAAAUUUAAAAAGUGAAUCUAAUAGCCUACUGUGAGGAAGAGAAUAAGAAAUGAAACAUGGGUGGGUUAAAUGUCUUCUCUAGGGGGUAACUGGAAUAGCUAUACACAUUUUUUCCAAAACAAAACCUCUUUGAAAGACACAAGGAUUCUUAAACUGAUCACUUCCCUAGAUGGCCCAGGUUUCAGUUGGUGAUGGGCAAACCAAGGGAUUAAGAGGCGUGACAUCAACCUUGAGAUUUAAGAUCAGAGAUGUAACUCACAAACCUUUUCCUUUAGGAAAAUCAUCUGGGCCUUAAAUUUGUAUACAUUUCUGGCCUUUGUGACUUCUUUUCAUUUUUCUUAAACCAACUUCUUAAAAGUUUCAUUUUCGUUAUUCUUCAGUUAUACCUGAUCUCUCUUUCCAAACCAAAGAGAGUCUGGAAAGUAUUCUGAGUACUAUUUAUUAAUUUUGUCCCUGGAUUAAGCUAGAUUUGCCCUGUACAUAGCUGGCAUUUUAUUGGCCUCUGCAGAACUGCUUUUUCUGAGUUGUACUUUGGCAGUCCAUAUGAAAAUCCCUAUGAAAUUUAAUUGCUGUGGAUACUGCAAAGGGUGUUUAUCAUUAUAAUUUAUAAUGUUCUAUAUAAGGAUGCCUGGAAGAAAUUUUCUCUGAACCCAGUUAUUCUUUUCCUGAAUUGCUGGUUUUUACCUUAAAGACAGUAAAUAUUCAACUGACUCUAUUUUUCUUCUCAUAUUGAUGCUAGAACACUUAGAGCCCAGUUUGUGGCGUACUUCCAGCAAGUGUUUAGGACCUCAUGUUAUGUUUUGUAUGCUAGCCAUGUUCUUGGUUCCAUCAUCUUCCUGUUUGACCUUUCUUUACUUUCCUUAUUCUCUUCUCAUUUUUCUGUUUUAGUCCUUCUUUUAAAAUAUUACUAGAUUAUCUCCAUCUUUGUAAGCCUUUUAGAAUGAAAUUGAGAUAUAAAUAAAUAAGUGAAUGUAUCCUUGAUCCUUUUGAUUAUCUCAUUUGU